CUUCAGUACCCAAUACCCUUUCAACCCAAUAACUAGGUAUGGUAAUCUUUACUACAUUGUUUUCUAUUUAACUACAUUGGGUGCCUGUUAUUUCAAAAUUAAUACUUUGAUUUGGAAUUUUGUCUCCUUUGUCCUAUCGCACUUCAAACUACCCAUUGCGUGCUAGUGAGGCUGGUCUCAGGAGAAAUACACAAUGACAAACGAGAGAACCUCACUAUUGGGUUCAACACCUGAUAGUACAAUCACCAAGGUUGAUUGGGACGGAAAAGAAGAUCCAGCGAACCCUUUAAACUGGUCUAAAUCUCAUAAAUGGGGUCAUGUGGCAAAAGUUUCGUUUCUAACAUUUCUGGUGUAAGUCAAUUAAAAUUCUCGUCGCUGUCGUUACUAACUUGAUGAAUUGCAGCCCUUUAGGAGCGACUAUGUUUGCACCGGCCUUGUUAUCUGUAGCAAAGGAUCUUGGAAACAAGAAUGAGACCCUCACGUCGCUCACGCUUACUAUUCACAUAUUGGGCUGGACCCUUGGACCCCUCGCUGCCGCACCACUUUCUGAAAUUUACGGUCGUUGGACUACCUACACAUACAGUAAUAUUCUCUACACCAUAUUCACGAUCGCUUGUGCUCUAUCACCCAACGUCGCUUGGCUACUUGUUUUUAGAUUCUUGGCUGGUGUGGUUGGUUCAACACCGCUGGCUAUUGGAGGCGGAACUAUCUCUGAUCUGAUUCCCGUGCAGGAAAGAGGUUUCGCGUUAUCUCUGUACAUGUUUGGACCCAUACUAGGACCUACUGUUGGGCCUGUGGUUGGUGGAUUCCUGACCCAAAGUUUAUCAUGGAGAUGGAUAUUUUGGGUUUUGACACUCCUUGUAAGUGUUCAACAUCUUUCCCCCUCAAGCCGUACUAAUAGUUCCUUUAGUACGCAAGCGUAACUGCGGUGCAAAUUUUAUAUACCAGGGAAACAUUCCCAGCUACCAUCCUAGGGUGUAAGGCGAAGAAAUUGCGAGAGAGUACAGGAUGCCCAAUUUUAUGUUCUAUCCUUGAUGAUGGGCUCCCCCGAACCCAGAUUUUCCGACGUGCCACCAUUCGUCCAGCUAAGAUGACUUUUCUUUCCCCUAUCAAUUUAAUCAUCUCGCUUGUGUCGGCAUACUUCAACGGCGCCCUUUUUCUUCUCCUUGCGACCUUUCCGACUAUCUUUACGGUCGAGUACGGAUUUAGUCCUAGCCAGGUUGGAAUUGCCUUUAUCGGAUUCGGGCUGGGAAAUGUUGUCGGCCUGACCUGUUUUACUCUGACUAGUGAUCGUCUGAUUCGGUCGCGUCUCAGGAAAGGUACCCUCAAGCCCGAGGAUCGACUCGUUCCUGUGUUGGCUGCCUGUCCCCUGUUGGGUACUGGCUUUUUGUGGUAUGGUUGGAGUGCCCGGCUGCACAUGCACUGGAUUGUGCCAAUAAUAGGCUCCGCUUUUAUUGGUAUGGGCAAUGUUCUCUUCUUUUCCGCAAUCAUAGGAUACCUAAUUGAUGCUUUUACUAUCCAUGCCGCCUCAGCUAUUGCAGCAAAUAUUGUCAUCAGAUCCAUUGGUGGUGCAUUGCUGCCCUUGGUUGGAAAGUCAUUGUAUAGCUCUUUGCUUUGGGGUUGGGGCAGCACAGUUUUGGGGCUGGUGGGCUUGCUUAUGGCACCGAUUAUGACUUUGCUGUACGUUUAUGGCGGAACUAUUCGAAAGAAGUAUGCGACAAUAAUAUUAUGAUUUAAUCAGUCAGCAAUCUUCCUAUCAAGAUUUUCAUUAUCACACCACGCUGUAUGGCAAGAAGCUCGUAAGAAUACAAAUCAAAAUAGAUAAUUUGUAUGUAUAUAUCUUAUCUACUGC